AUGGAGCAGAUCGACCCCACGACAGGCGCGGCCCUUCCCGCCGACGCGAUCCAGCGCAUCCUCUUCAUCGCCUCGGGCGCCCACGUCUACAACAUACCUCCCCUGACCUCGAACAAGGGCUACACCGCCGCCGGCUGGACCGAACGCCAAAUCUUCACGGCGCGCCUCCGCGUCCUCGAGACGGCCUGGGAGACCACCGCCGCACCCGCCCCGACACCCGUAGGUGUAGGCAGCGCCGUCAUCCCCGUCGCCCCGGGAGCCCCCGCGGGCGUCACCUCCAAGGAGAACCACAUCAAGGUCGACAUCGUCCUCGAGGACCCCUCCAACGGCCAGCUGUUCGCCGCCGCGCCCUACACCUCCAUCAGCGCCGUCGAGCCCGUGCUCGACUCGUCGCGUUUCUUCGCCGUGCGCGUCAUGGACGGCCAGGGGCGGAAGGCGGUGCUGGGCGUCGGGUUCGAGGAGCGCAGCGAGGCCUUCGAUUUUGGCGUCGCGCUGCAGGAGGCGCAGAAGAGCUUGGGUCUGCUGGAUGCCAGCCACGCCAAGCAGGCCGCCGAGAACAGCAAGCGAGCCGAGGCGGAGAAGAACAAGGACUACAGUCUCAAGGAGGGCGAGACCAUCACCAUCAACUUUGGCGGGUCAAAGAUUGGCCGCCGGUCGAGGACGGAGUCCGGGUCCGAGAUCCUGGGCGGAGGAGCCGGGGGUCUUCAGGGGUUCUCGCUGCCGCCACCCCCUAGCGCGCCCAAGGGUGGUAAUGGCGGCAGCUUCGGGCUGCCUCCGCCCCCGAGCGCCGCCAAUAUUCGCGACAAGAAGAGGGAGAAUAGGAAAUCGGCACAGGAUCUGGGGUUUGACGACGGUCAGUUUGGAGAGUUUGCGUAA